AUGAUAAAAGAUAAAAAAUAUGUUAACAUUAUUGAAUUUGAAGAAGAAGCCAAAAAUCAUUUAAAUUAAAAUUCUUAUUAAUACUACCGUUCUGGUGCUACCAGUGAGCAUACUUUGAAAUCAAACAUCGAAGAUUUUUCUAAAAUCCUUUUAAAUCCAUAUGUUUGCUCUGGAUUGACUGAUAUAGACAUUUCAACUACUAUAUUAGGACAUAAAAUCAAUAUUCCAGUUGCCAUUGCCCCAACUGCAAUGAAUAAAAUGGCACAUGAUUUAGGUGAAUUAAAUUUAGUCCGAGCAGCUUCAAAAAAAGGAACUAUUUAUACCCAAAGUACACUUUCGACAACUAGUAUGGAAGACGUAUCUAAAGAAGUUGACAAUUCUUUAAGAUUUUUUUAACUAUAUGUAUCUAAGAACCGUAAUUUCACCUUUGAAAUAGUAAAAAAUGCUGAAAAAUUAAAUUACAAAGCUAUAGUUUUAACUGUAGAUGCACCCUGGUUAGGUAUAAGAGAUGCUGAUGAAAGAAAUAAUUUUUCACUCCCAAAAAAUUUAAAAUUAGAAAUAUUAGAAAAAUAUAGUGAUUAAAUGAAAGUUUAAUCUGAAAAUAACUAAGGUAGUGGUCUUUUGUAAUUGUUUGCAAAACAAAUAGAAUAAAAUUUAAAAUGGGAUGAUGUAAAAUGGCUUUAAUCAAUUACUAAAUUGCCUAUUAUUUUAAAAGGAAUUUAAAAUGGCGAAGAUGCUUUAAAAGCAGCACGUUUAGGCGCACAUAUAUGGGUUUCGAAUCAUGGAGGAAGAUAAUUAGAUACAGUAAGAAGUACUAUUAAUAUACUACCAGAAGUUAUGGAAAGUAUCAAAGAUUAUAAAAAUAAAGUUGAAGUUUAUGUAGAUGGAGGUAUUAGAAGAGGUACUGAUGUUAUUAAAUGUCUUGCUUUAGGUGCUAAAUGUGUUUUUGUAGGAAGACCGACUAUUUAUGCGAAUGCUAGUGAAGGCGAAUAAGGAAUUUUAAAAAUGUUUGAUAUCUUUGAAAAAGAAAUUAAAAAUGGGAUGAUGCUAUUAGGGACAGGAAAAGUAGAAGAUUUAGGUUUAAAACAUUUAAUUAAACAUACUAUUGCAAGAUCGAAUUUGUGA